AUGAAGAAAUGGAGAGGGCCACAAAAUCUUUCUGCUCCUCAAUGCAUGAAGUUACCAUCCUACAGGAUGACCCUGGAGAACAUCACUUGGAUUGAUGGAGCCCCAGCUGAAUUUAUCCUCCUGGGUAUCACCGACCGCUGGGACCUGCGUGUAGCACUCUUCCUAGUAUUCCUACCUAUCUACCUCCUGAGCUUGCUAGGAAACAUGGGCAUGGUAUUGUUGAUAAAUGUGGAUUCCCGGCUCCACACCCCUAUGUACUUCUUCCUGGCCAGCCUCUCACUCCUAGAUGCCUGUUACUCCUCAGCCAUUGGUCCUAAGAUGCUCAUAGAUUUGUUACUGUCACAUGCCACCAUCCCCUAUGCUGCCUGUGCCAUCCAGAUGUUUGUCUUUGCAGGGCUGGCCGAUGCUGAAUGCUGUCUCCUGGCAGCCAUGGCUUAUGAUCGCUAUGUGGCUAUUGGGAACCCACUCCUCUACACUACAGCCAUGUCUCGACGCCUGUGUCUCAUGCUCUUGGCAGCUUCAGGGUUGGGUGGGGCAUUGAGUGCUUUUGUCCACACAACAUUUACUUUCCGCUUGCACUUCUGCCACUCCCGUGAAGUUAACAGUUUCUUCUGUGAUAUCCCACCACUGCUGGCCAUUUCCUGUGAUGACACUUCCCUGAAUGAGCUGUUGCUUUUUGCUGUCUGUGGUUUCAUCCAGACAGCUACAGUGUUAGCCAUUGCUGUGUCCUAUACCUUCAUCCUUGUUGCAGUGAUUCGCAUGAAUUCUGCUGAGGGGAGGCGGCGAGCUGCCUCCACCUGUGGCUCCCACCUUACUGCUGUGGCCAUGCUAUAUGGCACACUCAUCUUCAUGUACUUAAGACCUAGCUCUAGUUAUGCCCUUGACACUGACAAGAUGGCAUCUGUCUUUUACACGCUCGUUAUCCCUGCCCUCAACCCACUUAUUUACAGUCUCCGCAACAAGGAGGUUAAGGAAGCCCUCCGAAGGACCCGGGACCGAUUCUGCUUCCCAUCCCAACGGCACCAGUAA